AAUAGUAUGUAAGAAGUCAGUUCCCCUAAUGAUAAAGUGAUUUUCAUAUCUGAACGAUGGCAAAUUGUAGCCCCAGUUGUAGCACAUCUCUUUUUGACGUUCCUCCAGUUAUUAUGGAAACCUUCUGUGAAUUGAUGGACUGCAGUGAUGGAGAUUUAGGAUGGAGAGGCCUGGCUGAGCGGCUAUCUUCCGAUUGGAGGGACUUCCGUAAAGUUGAGAAGUAUGCUGAACAAGGAAAAAGCAGAACAAAGGAGCUUGUCUGGAGUUGGGCACAUAAAAAUAAGACUGUUGGUGAUCUGUUAUUAGUUCUACAGGAAAUGGGACAGCAGAGGGCAAUCUCCUUAUUCAGAGAGAUUAAUGUCCUGUCACCUGUCAGCUUGCAGGAGAUUAAAGAAGGGACUAAGAACUUCAGCAGCGACUUCCUAAUUGGAGAAGGACAGUUCUUUGACGUCUACAAAGCAGACAUUAAGAAACAGUUAUGUGUUGCCAAGUUGCUUAAAAAGAAGAAUGCUUUGGCAGACCAUCAGAAGCAAGUUAAAUCAUUCCUGGCACAAUGGGAAUGCUUACCUAGAAUCCAUCACCCAAAUGUAUUACAAUUGCUUGGAUAUGUCAGAGCCGAUGAAUCAACAUGUUUUGUGUACCCAUAUCUAAAACACGGAUCCCUCUUCCAUAGGUUGCAUCAUACCGAUAAGGCUUUACCUCUUUCCUGGCAAGUACGCUACAAUAUUCUAUUUGGAGUAGCAAAGGCUAUUCAACACCUACACACAAUGUAUACUACUCCUAUAAUAUGUGGAAACAUAACCAGCAAAAAUAUAUUGCUUGAUCAGCAUUUUCAACCAAAGCUCUCAGACUUUGCCAUGGUCCAUUUGUGGUCUUACCUGAUAAAUCAAAUUAAAACUAUCAAGAUGGAUCAUGCCACUCUGAGGUUCCUGGGAUAUUUGCCAGAGGAGUACAUUAGGGGAGAUCUGUCAGUGAAAACUGAUGUGUAUAGUUACGGAAUUAUCAUAAUGGAGGUUUUAAGCGGGUGUCAAGCUGUGGUUGUAAAUGGAUCUAAAGCUACGUUCCUUGUAAGUAUUUUUGUUUUGAAAAGAAUAGAAAACUGUACGGCUUCUGAAAAGUCCAGUGAGGACCACCCAAAGUCACUGAUGCUCAUUUCACCUGGCAUGUGGCCUUUGCACGGUAGCCUUUCCAAUGAUCCUGUGGAGACAGAUGAAACCAUGGAUGAUGCCAUUAUUGUAUAUGAAAGAAAGAAGGAAACAGAAUGCAGCCAAUCAGAGGUGACAUUUUUAGGCAACACCAGAAAAGACAGAGCAGAAGAAAAAGUUACUUCUUUGUUAAUGCAAAGCAAAGCUAUGUUGCAUGACGAUAAUGUCCUGUACACCCGGGACACUCCUCAUACAAGCAGGCCAGUGGAGUGCAGCUGCUCAUCUGGGCCAUCCAGCAUAACCUUCUGUGAAGAGUGUAUAGCAAAUGGUUUUGGCCAAGACCAGUAA